GAUCAUCUAAACGACACGUAAAGUUUUCACGGCACUGGUUUCGGCGCACGCUAUUUAUAAGUUCCAGUGGCCGACAUCAAAUUCCUCUGGUAGUCGCGAGCGACGCGCCGAAUAAACGCGGCGUAUUCAUAACUUUGAAAAAACGGGAUGAACUCUGUGAACUGUUGUGUACUGUGAUUGUCGAGACACACUCCGGAAUAAAAAUAAAAAACACAAAACCCAGUAUGCCGAUUGGGAACGUCAGCAAAGAGACGGCACCCAGACGGGACAGCUUCAGGCCCCCCUGGGUUAAGGAGAAAGACACAGAGAGUCCACCAGCAUGGACUCAGAGGAAGUUGAAGCCUGUGGACAGCUUCGGCAAGACAGCGACCGCGGAGAGCACUGAUGCGGCACCUAUCACGAAACCUUUAAAACCGGUACUUAAAAAGCAGGUAACAAUAAGAGAAAAAUCGGAAAACGGUUCAUCUGAAACGGUAGAAGAAAAACUAGUUAAGCCUUCAACAGCAAAACAGGCUGAUAGAGCAAAUAAUCCCACAGAUGAAAAAUCAAGAUUUACAAAACCAGCCCUAAAAACUAUUGACAAGUCUAUCAAAUCAGAAGACAAAGUAACCAAUGACAAAAUUCCGGAAAAAUCAACUUUAAAAAGCGUCAGAACUAUUGAUGACAAAGCAAAAGAAAAAUCAGUAACAAUUGUUGAUAGAAAACCUGAUAGAAAUGGUACAGAUAAAGCAAAUAAUUCUGUCAAUGAUAAGAUUACAAACGAUAAAGGUUCUACUUUGAAUAAUAAUACGAAAACCAUCAACAAAGUAGGAGCACCUGAAAAAUCAAUCUCAAAAACAGUUGCACCGAAAUCAAGUCAAACAUCUGAAAAGCCUGCACCUAAAUCAACUACUGAAAAAAAUUCAAAAUCACCAGCGGUCGACAAACCUGUUACAAAAUCAUCUGAAAAACUUACAUCGAAAACUACGGCACCUGAAAAACCAGCACCUAAAGAAACAUCUCAAAAGCCUGCUGCUCCUGAAAAAACUGAAGAAGUAUCCAAGAUGGCUACUAAACCUCCCCUUGAAAAAACCCCAUCCAAGGUUUUGCGCAAACCGCCUCUUCAAAAACAACCUUCAAAAGAUGAAAUACAAGUAAAAAAAUGGAGGGAUCCCCUGCUGGAGCGUGUAAAGGAAAACAUUGACAAGACUUUAAAUAACGAAGUACCCAAGGGCCACACUUUAACUAAAAAUGAAAGUUUAAGAAGUUUGCUAAAACCAACACCACCACCUAUGCCACCUCCUUUACCACCAAAGAUGCCACCACCUCCGGAGUUCAAGAAAGCACCAGUCGAUCCUGCUAAGUUGAAGAGAUUGGAGCAGCUCCGAAGCAGGCCAAGGAGGCGGCCUGAUUGGAGUGACAUGAUGAAAGAAGUAGAAGAGGGUAGAAAACUGCGUCACGUUGAAUGUAAUGACAGAUCAAAUCCAAUAAUAACAAGGUCGACCAUUGUAAAGAACAAAGGACAAUUUAUUUUCGAAUCUGAAAAACCAAACACGCACAAUGAGCUCCUAAAAGAAAUCAACAAGGGUAUUAAAUUGAAGAAAGUAAAAACCAAUGACAGGAGUAAACCUAAUUUGGAAGGCUUGAGGAAAUUCAGAAGACAGAUGACUAUAGAAGAGCAAGUGCAGAAGUCUAUGUCGCAAGCCAAUCUCGCGGCGUCGCCUUCGGGAGUACUUGUUCCAGAGGGAGCCGCACCUCAAGAAGAAGAAGAAAUUGAUGAAAUGGACGACAUUGACAAAGUCAGAGAUGACUUACAAUCCACAAAACAGCUGUUGGCUAUGGAACUAAGAACAAAAGAAGCACAGGAAAGGGAAAUUAAGCGAUUACAAACUAGAAUACAAAACUUAGAAGCCGAGGUAGCUAGGGAACGCGCUAUUAUUAAACAAGAACAGCAGAAAACAGUAAUAUCAGUGACAGAUGCCUACGAUGAAAGAUUAGUUAAAAAUCUUAAAGAAGAAGUAGAAAAAGCCAAAGAAAGUGCUGAUAACUUAGAAAAGAAAUAUUUAGAAGCAGCAGAAGAAAGAGAUACUGCUAUAACAGAGGCAGAAGAACUAAAGAGAAGAAACGCCGAAUUAGAAAAGAAAUUAGAACAAGCAAUGGCCGGUAAUCUUGAAGACUUGUACACAUCAGAAGAGCCCAUGUCGUACUAUCAAAAACGACAGCUAGACUUUGAGAAAGAGUGUAGGUUAUUAAAUAUUGAUACUAAUUCGCCUGAAGCACAAGAGCUAAGAAAAAAAUCUGCUGACGCUAACAACAAUACAACUAAUGCUGCUUUUACUAACAAUUUCGAAGAUCAGGGUAUUAUGCCAACAGGUGUGGGUUCGAGACGCUCGAGUCACGCUAUCAAACAACUAUCAGUUACAAAAGAUGACAGUUUUGAAGAAGAAUCAGAAUCUGAACCGGAGGAGGAGGAAAGUGAAGAAAAGAAACAAAAGAGGCUUGAAAAGGAAGUGAAAAAUAUGAAAAAUAAAAUCAAACAUUUAAAAGAGAAACAGGACCAUAUGAAAAAAGAACGUAUGGGCUUCAAAAUGGCUCUUAAAAAUCAACAGGCUGCACUGAAGGAAGAAAAACGUAAAUACAAAGAAUUGAAGCGUGAAGUUGAUAAGAUGGCGGCUAUGAUGAAAGAAGUUGGUUCGGACGAAGAAGAAGAGGAAGAAGAGGAGGAAGAAUCCGAAGAAGAAAAGAAGACAGAGUCAGAGGAAGAAGAAUCAGAGACUGAAACAGAACAAGACACUGAAAGCGAGACUGAGAGCGAAAGUGAACCAGAAGAUGCUCCACUCCCGAACAAAAAAGAUAAUCUGACAAAGCGAAUGAAACGACACGAGACAAGAGUACACGCUUUGAAAAAAGGAAAUGCUUUGCUCAUGGCCAAUGUAGAUCGGCUCAAAGACGAUGUUUUAAAGCAAAGAGAAGAAUCUGUGUCGUUACAAAAGGAGCUUGACUCUCUAAUUGAUGAUCUUGAGUAAUAACAUUAGUGAAAUAACGUAAUACCUAAAAUAAUACUAGCUUACUACUUAUUAAGUAUUAAUAAUUACAGAUGUUAUAAUAAUACCGAUAAUGCCUAGCUUUCUAAUAACGUUAUUGCAAAGUUAUUAUUUGUUUUGAGCCACCGUUGCAAUAAUGUUUUCAUGUGUGAAUUACUCUUUAAGCAUUAUGACUUUAAAUUUUAAUAAUAUAGUAAUUAUAAGAUGUUGAUCGAAUAUGAACUAUUUAAAACUUCUUUUUCUGAAACGUUAUAUGAUUUCAAAUUAUAAUAAUCAACUCAGUUGUACUUACUGAAAAUUUAACAUAUCAGAAUGAGAUUUAAAUAUUUUUAUACAAUUUAUUUUGUGAUAUGUUUUCAUAAAAAAAAGUUACUUCAAAGGAUGUGCAUUAUUACUUUCUAGCAGUUAGAAUAGAAACAAACGAAUUGCCUUUAAUUUAGAAAUGCAAAUGCAUAACAGAAAAUUAAGACAUUGUAAGUAAGAGCUUAUUUCAAUAUUUUUUUAAACGGGCUCUAAGUACAACCUAGAAGCAGCUGUGCAAAAAGUUCGUUUUUCGUCGCAAGGAGUAUUUCGUCGCUAUACGCUAACGUGACAAUUUGUAUAUUUCAACUCCUAUUAAAAAUCAUGAUAUGGAACUUUUUCCAAAAAGUUUCGAGUUAUUUAUUACAAAGUCGAAUUUCAUUUUCUCUACUAGUGUUAUUAAUAGUUUAUAAUAAAUAUUAAUUAAAAGAAAUUUACAAAAUCAUUCGAUAACCUAACUGCUUUUUUUGUAUGCCACUAAAUUUAAAUAUUUGCAUCAUUCAUUUUAUAGGAUUUGUAAAUAUUAAUUUAAUAUUAAUACAGACUUCCUAAACUUAUGUAUACAAAAAAAAUCAAUAAAUUCUUAAAUUGCAUACUG